AUGGCGAAGACCGAGUCCAUUGAGGCUCUCUUGGCCCCGUCGCUGAGAGUAUCCAGACCCGUUGCUGCAUGCGCACGAUGUCGCUCUGCGAAAAUCAAAUGCGAUGGCAAAUUACCCGCUUGUUCUGCUUGUGAAAGAUCCGGCAAAGCAACCAGUUGCACGAGUGCGAAUGAUGAAUUUGCGCGAGGCAAGGAAAGAAGCUACGUUGCGGCCCUGGAAGCUGCUGCUCAACGGUUACAAAAAAAGAUUGAUGCUGCUCGAGCAGAGGCGGCCAGUCAUCGAGCGCUGUCCGGCACGCAGUCGACGACAGGGCGGCCGACCCAGCGACGAAAGAUAAGCGGAGCCCGCCGGAAGGAAGCCUCCGACGUCGACGAGUUGGUCAGUGACUUUGGUUUUCUCACCGUCAACGCGACAUCGCGCGAUUUCCAUGGAUUUACCUCGACCAUGUCAUUUGCAAAGCUUCUCCUUUCAGCGGCGGCAAGAGAGGAGCUACCCCCUCUUGAAUCGCGAGGGCUACCCCCACGAUAUGCCAUCACGCCCAUGAUCAAUCAAUAUCUUGAAAAUGUCUACGUCCUGUUCCCCUUCUUCUCCGAGACGGAUCUGAUGUCAAGCUUGUCUCGCAUCUACCAUGAGUCUUCCGCAAUCUCGUCAACUGUUACACCACUGGACGUGUGGUAUGUGCGACUGAUUCUGGCCAUUGCAUAUGCCUCGAGCUCGCAACGGAAGGGAGACGAGAAUGACAAGACGGCGUUACAACACAUGUCGGCGGCCAGAGGACUAGCCGGCUACGUAUUACAUCCUGGAUCAAUUGCCGGAGUACAAGCUCUACUCCUGCUGGUUCAGUAUUCAUUGGUAGACCCGGCACACUAUGAUCCCUGGUACCUCGUGGGCAUGGCGGCCCGCCUCAUGGUAGAUCUUGGGCUGCACUGCGAGCCAUCCCCAGAGACCAAGAUCAGCAAGAGUGCAUUGGACCUGCGGCGGAGAAUAUUCCACUGUGUGUACGCUCUGGACCGUCUCGUCAGCAUGUCCCUUGACCGGGCGUUCUCAUUUACCGACGAUUCCGCGUCCGAGGUGCCUUUACCCGAGUCAGCGACAGACCCAUCUUCAUCUCAAGUUUUUCAGCAUUCAAUUAAACCAUGCCUGUAUUUGUUCGACAUCCGCCGCGUUCAGUCAGCAUUCUAUCAGAGCACGAGGUGGUCUUCCCGGUCUCAAUGGCCUCUAGCCACAGCGGCUACCUAUGCCAGUUCCGUAUCGAACGAUAUUCAUGCUUGGUAUUCCACCAUCCCCUCGACACUAUCACAGCGUCAUCUGAUGCUAUUCAACCUUGAAAGGCUGUAUUGCCAAAUCCUGGUGGUCUCACCUAACCAGCGCGUCCCUGCAAGCAGCAUGACGGAUCUCAACAAAGAACUUGUGUUCGAAUACUCGGCGCAAUAUGCCGAUCUUCUGCAGCCGAUCACGCAGGACGUUGGCUGGCAUGCAUACCUGACAUUUGCCGAUAUCAGUAGAGCAAAAUACGUGGGACAGAAAUUUGUGGAAGUGAUGUGGUCGGAUUUUGAUCGACUCAUCAAGACCACGCAUGCUAUCCGUGAAGGCUCGCCUCUUGCCAACAAUGCACCUCUAGACAAUGGUCAACGGGCAGCCAUCUGUCUCCGGAAGAUCAUUGAGAUUCUUGACUUUGCACGGCAUCGCUGGUCAAUGCCGGAGAUGCGGGAAAAGUUCGAGCAAGAAUCGGCCGUCCUCUUCUCACGACUGAAAACCAGGCAGAUGGAAUUGGAGACUGCACAGUACCCCAGCACGAUCGGUGUCAAUGCCCCAGCGGCCACCAGUGUCGGAUAUGGCAGCAUGCCGAGCAACAUUUAUCCAGAUUCAAAUGCCUUUCCAUAUCAGGGAUCAACCAUGACUCAACUCCCGAGCCCUCCAAUCAAUCAUGAUCCCGUCCAACCUGAUGUGCAACAACAAGCGAUGCUAACGCCACCUGAAGACUAUCACAUGCCUACCAUGUACCCCAUGCCACAAGGGUCGUUGCCUCGGCGGAGCUAUGAAUUCUAUGGUGGACGCAGUUGA